AUGGUAGAAAUCAUCAUUCGUGGUAAUCCCCGAACUCCGCCGCCCCCAGCCCAGACUGAAAAAGAUGACAUUUUGUGCUAUCUCUCUGAAUUUGAUGCGGUAGCUGAGCAUGCAGGUUGGACUGAGAACUCAAAGGCUUUACAGCUUAGGUCACUUUUAACCGGAGAAGCUCGAGAAGUGUCGCAGCAAGUGACUUCGGGAUACAGAGAUCUGUAUAAGGCUCUUUUGAAUCGAUUCGGCAAGCGCCGAGCAGACUACUUUCAGUUCCUGGAGGAAAUUAAACGUAGACCAGGAGAGACUUACAGAGGAUUAAUGUCGAGAAUAGAUCUGUAUUUGAGUCGUUUCAUUGAUGAGAAAGAUCCCGUACAAAAGUUCCGAGAAGAAUAUUUCUUAAAGGCGUUAUCUCCUCAACAAGCCCAGUGGAUUAGACGGAAUAAGGGAAGUAGUGAGUUAGUUGAAGCUGCUGAGGAUUACAUUCUACCAACAAAAUCGGCCGAGGACAGAAAACUUCAAAAUCCUAAAGUGUUAGGUGAGAAGAAGAGCCAGGAACAGGGGAACUCCGGAAAACAGAAAGGUUUGGAAAAAGUGAAAUGUUUUAGCUGUGGGAACUUUGGACAUUAUGCAAACAAAUGCCCAAAGAAAGGUAAUCUAGCGUCGUGUUUCGUGAAAGGAGCAUUAUGGGGUUUACAUUAUGUUCCGGGAAAAGUGGAUGAUAUGGAAGUGUCAAUGGUCAAGGACACUGGAGCAUCUAUGACGCUAUUGCGGGAGGAUCUUGUUGAUCCAAAAUGUGUUCUACAUGGACAAACUACUUCCUUGGUUACAGCUAUUGGACAGCCAUUCGAGGCUAAGUUAGCAGUGGUUAACCUGGAAACACCAAUGUUUAAGGGACAUGUUCAGGUAGGUUUAGUACCUGAUCUGGUUGCAGAUGGUUUAUUGAGAAUAGAUGUUCUGGAGAGGAACAAAGUUGCAGCUGUGGUUACGAGAGCCAAAGCAAAAGAACAAGAACAAAAUGAAUUAAGUGCCAAAAAUCGCAUGAAUAAAUGUGAUGUCGUACCAAGGGACUUAAACGUCGUGGUAACUAACGAUGAUGCUGGUGAAGUGAACCUUGAUUUACCGGAAAUUUCACUGGAAAAGUUGAGCGUGGUGAAUGGAAAUAAACUAUCGAAUCUUCAGAAACAAGACCCAACACUCAAAAAUUGUAGGGAUAAAGCAUUCAAAAAUGUAUCACAAACUGAGACAGAACAUAAAGCGUUUUACUGGGAGAAUGACAUACUGAAACGAAAAUGGACUUCCAAGAAAAAGAAUCUGUCGGGAACACAAGUGGUGCUUCCAGCAUCGCUAAGAAAAGCAGUGAUGAAGCUGGCACAUGAUCAGCCAAUAGCUGAACAUUUAGGAACUGAGAAGACCAAACAACGUAUUCUUGCGUCAUUUUAUUGGCCUGGAUUGUUCCAAGAUGUGUCGGACUACUGCGCAGAAUGUGACACCUGUCAAAAAGUGGCAAAAAGAAGUGCGGAAAGAGCUCCUAUGGUCAACACACCUAUCAUAACUGAUCCGUUUUCAAAGAUCGCAAUGGACAUCGUUGGCCCACUCAAUAGGACAACUCAAGGUAACAAGUACAUUCUGACUGUCAUUGAUGAAGCUACGAGAUACCCAGAAGCAUUUGCUUUACCAAGUUCUGAAGCUGAACGAAUAUCCGACACACUCAUUACAUUAUUUAGUCGAGUUGGAAUUCCUAAAACCAUUCUCACUGACCAAGGAUCAAAUUUCACAAGUGCGCUCCUGAAAGAUUUAUAUGAGAAAAUCAAAAUCAAGGGAAUAACUACAACGCCUUAUCACCCGCAGGCUAAUGGCAAAGUUGAAAGAUUUAAUGGAACGUUAAAAUCAAUGUUGAAAAAGUUGUGUAUGGAGAAUGGCGAAGAUUGGGAUGUACUACUUCCAUAUGUACUUUUCGCACACAGAGAAGUCCCACAUGAGGAGACUGGCUUUUCACCAUUUGACCUGUUGUACGGAUGGCCAGUACGUGGUCCUCUUAGUGUUUUAAAGAGCUUUAUGACUGGUGAGGAGGAAAUAAAAACUUCAGAAAUAGAUCAUGUCGUCAACAUUCGAAACAAACUGGCUGAUGUGACACAACUCGUGCAAAUUAAACAACUUGGAAAUGAGGCAGUCGAAAAUCAAAGAUUGGUAUGA